AAUGGGUGUUGUGUAUUAUCACAAUCAUAUCACAAAGCAAUUGUGCUAAACCUCAUCAUGGCUCUUCUCUCUUUUGGCUCUAUUCCUUCCCACUCACCAUAAAAGCAGACUUUGUAUCACCACUUCUCCAAACACUGAAACACACAGCAGCAAACCUAAAAUGGUUCCCCAAGUCAAAAUAUUCAUCAUCCUCCUCCUCCUUCUCUUUAAUAUUUCAGUAAUUUCAGCUGAUAAUAACUACAAGGAAGGCAAGGAACUAACUUACACCAGUGAUCAUAAGAUGAUUAGAGGAAGAAAACUGCUUGAGGAGCUUGAUGCAAUGUUGGAUUACCAGGAUCCAGGAGCCAAUCCUGGGCAUGAACCUCGUAAAGGAGGUGGUGGUGGUGGUGGUGGUAACAGAAGUGGUACUCCUUGAAUAACUAGCUUGAUGAUCAUCAUAACCUCAUUUGCAGCAGCAGAUGAGAAAGCUAGGCAAUCGAGAUGUCAUGUGUUUCUCAUAAAUGAGAUUAUAAUUAAUAGUAGGAGGUAUAUGUGGAACUGUGAAUACCAUCAAUGUAUGUUGUUAAAUGGAAUCUCAAUCAGAAUCUUAUUAUUGGAGCUAGCUAGGUAUGCAAAAGUAGCAAAACCUGAGGUUGUGAUAGUAGGUACUACUGUAUAUGCUUAUCUUGAUAUUUACAGAUAAGCAAAACAUUAAUGUUUUGUUGUUAUAUAAUUAGUGUCAUAUUGCAGCUGCACGA